AUGCCGCCUCGAGCCUCGCUCACUGGUUCCUUCUCCGUAUCGGACGAGAACAACGUCGUCGUCUGUCCUUUACGCAACCACGAUGGCUCGGCCUGUAGAAAGCGCUGCACCGGCGAGAAACGAUAUCGCUCCAUGCAGGAGCAUAUUCGCCGCGCACAUCCCGAGCAUUAUAUCUCGAAGCUCCCCGCAACCGAGGAGAGCUUCACGUUGAUGGUCAAUACGCCUCCGUCUGAGCGACCUCCCCCACCUCCACCUCCAAUCACCUCAGUAGCAGGCCCACAAGGUUGGUGCCCUAGCUUUGGAGGCGAGAUCAAUGCCUUCUACAAUGAUGACUAUAGCUCGAAUGCCGCAGGCAGAGCCUCGGACGAGAUGCGACGAGCCUCCCUCUUACCCGCCGCCAGUGCGGCCGCAGCCCUCGCUUCGUUGCAUACCCAUCGCCCAGACUACGACUGGGAGUCGGAUGCGGAAGCAAACUCGGAGCCCGAUGCGCAAGGCUAUCGCCCACGAGCCCGCUUUGCACCCACAACCGUCGAGCAGCACAUAACCGCCGACGAGCCAUACUACACCACUGCCUCGUUGCAGCGCGAGCUAUUGCCUUCGUCCCUUGCACGCUCCCCUCCCGGCCGCUCCUCUACCUUACCGCCCGUUCCACGAUCCAUAAAGCCAAACCGACCCCGUAAGUCCUCUGUCGGCCAGAACGCCCGCAAACCGAAACAUGAACGCACAAAAUCGAAGGAGCAUGCGCGAAGAUUGAGUCAUGACCGCAAGGCAUUUUCAGCCGAACCAACAGCAGCAGCAGCCCUGUUCGGUAAGAGGUGGGAGGACCUUAUUGAUGCUGCAGCUUCCGCAACCGAAGAGGAUAGCCGAGACCUUACUCCGGUUCCCGGCUCACCGCAUCAUUCUCCAAUCAUAACUAACAGGGCAUCACUUCCCCCAUUCCUCGCAAAUCAGUUCCAGUCAUAUGCAGCAUCUCCCUUACAAAAUACCUUGACUCCGCCUCCCCAAGACCUACCAGAGCUCCAAGCCUAUCCGUCCGUUGAAUCUUCAAUAGAAUCCACAGUGUCUGGUCAAAAUUUCCACAUUCCAUCACAAGGGUUAUCGGAUUCCUCACCGACAUACCUUCACCCUGUACAGAUAUACUGCGCAGCCUGUCGAAAAUUGUCUAUACUGAAGGACAGCUACGCCUGUUCCGAGUGCAUUUGCGGUCUAUGUCAGGACUGUGUUGAUGUUCUAAUUAGCGAAAAGAUCGGAGGCCGUACUGCGAGAGGGUGUCCGCGGUGCGGAGCCGUCGGUGGGAAGUUCAAGCCCUUCCAACUGGACAUCAGAUGA